CGUCUCGCCGCAUCACUGAACAGAAGAGUCGCCGUGUUCGCUUGUCGCAGCGAACGCAACCGAAGGUGGCCUCCAAUGCUGCAUCGCUGCUCACAUGGUGCCAGGAAAUAGCCUCCAAGAAUGGCGUUGUUAUAAAGGACUUCAGUGCCUCAACAUGGAAGAACGGCAUGGCGUUCUGUGCCAUCCUUCACUACUAUCUACCCAAGGCAAUAAAGUUCUCCUCUCUGAAGCCGAAAAAUGGACAAGCCAACUGUAAACUGGCAUUCGAGGUUGCUGCAGCGCACCUCACCAUUACGUCCAACAUCAACGCGGCGGACAUGGGUGAAGCGGAUGAGCUGAGCAUCAUCGCGUAUCUCUCGCAGUACUACCAGCGCCUGAGCAGUGCGAUACCCGGUAAGGUAGAGACGAAUGAAGCUAGCCGCUUACUUACUCUCAAGCAGACCAGCAGCCAAUGGACCUCCCUUAGUGAGCGCAAGUCGGUCACCUCCAUCAAGACAAAGGCAAGCCGAGAAAGUGUACACUCCAGCAGGAGUCGAGAAUCUCUUCCAGACGAGUCUUCCAAGAUGCCACCUGCUGGCCCCACUCUUGCUGCAGGCGUGGUGUCAAGCAAGGACCGAAAUGCCACCAAGACUACCUCAGCUCUAGAGAAGCCUGGAAAGCGCAAGGCACCCAGUGCGCCUCAAACAACUAACACAGGAUCAGCAGCAGCAGUAAAACCUACCAUAUCCGCUCCGGCCUACAAGCGUUCUGUCUCCAAGUCAGAUACAUGUCAUUUCUGCAGCGCACGUCUGUAUGUGGUUGAGCGUGUCUCGGCCGAGGGCUGCUACUUUCAUCGCCGCUGCUGGCGCUGUGAACAGUGCAACACCCAGCUGGUGCAGGGUUCUUAUGCCUACGCCAAGGGACAGGAUGGCCAGGCGGGUACAUUCUACUGUAAGGCCCAUUUCAAGCAACUCUUCAUGUCCAAUCCCAGUGCUAUCGGCUACGAUCGUGCUAAGGCUGGACCAAGGGAAGCAACAUUUUCACCUCCAGCACAGCGUUCUACGGUAGAGCCCUCUAUUCCUGAGGAUCCCAUCUCUGCACCCAAAGCAGAUGAACGGCCGGUUGCUCCCUCAACCUCCACAACCUCCACUGGUCUUGCUCCUCGUCACAACAAGGGAAGGGCUCCGUCCCCACCCGGACUUGUGCCCGGUGUCACUGAUCGUGUACAUGCCAAUUCACCGCUGCCUACUGAAAGGCUGAGUAAAAUGUUGGAGGCGAAUGAAGUUCUAGAGGAAGGCGAAGAUGACGAUGUCCAUGACCAGGAAACUGCCCGCAAGAUUGAGCUCAAGCAGGCGCAAUACCGUCGCUUGCACGCUGCCCAGCAGAUUCAGUUUGAAAUGGGCUUGCUGGAACAGCAGCAGGCAGAGCUCGAGGAGGAGUCGAAGGAUGUUGAAGAAGCUUUGCGCGAUGAUAGCACUUUGCCAGAAGACCACCAACUACUGAUGGGCGAGUGGAUGGCGAUUGUAAAUGAACGCAACUUGCUUGUUCGCCACGAAUGGGAACUAACCCUCCUGUUCAAGGAUCUUCAGCUGGAAGAUAUUCGACAGCAGAUAGAAAAUGACCUGCGAAAACGUGGCAACAUUCCAGAGAACAAGAAGUCUAACAGAGACAAAGCUGAAGAGGCGCGUCUACUCGAGCAGCUUGUCGAGGUUGUGGAGAGCAGAAACAAGUUGGUGAAUGAAACCGAGGAGGAGCGUAUACGGGACAUGGAGAUGGACCGUGCUGUGGAGGACACAAUGAGAAAGAGAGGCUAUGAUCCAACAGCCAGGAGGUCCACCCACAUUGGCUGCUCCGGUAGCCAAACACCACCAACUCCUCGUUCCAAUCCUAUCAAAACUCUCUUGGGCCGCUCCAGACUCUCAAAAGAACAGCCCUGACGAGGGGCAGGUGAGAAAGACGGAAACUCAACGGAAAUACCACCGAUGGUAACGUCACGUUUGGCCGGCUAUCAACGGCGUAGUGUAUUGUUUCCCCUUGCCGCAGCAGCAGCAGCAGCAGGCAUUGCUCAUUAGACACUGGUUACAUGGUGUACUAUACAUCGUCAUGUACCUUGAAUGCCCCCCCCCCCCCCCUCUUCCCCUUCCCCUUCAGUUUCAACCACCGUGUCACGUUUGUUCCACAUUACGCUCGGACUGGCGGCAUCAGUAGCGUCAACAGGGCGAAGGCGCGGGGUCGGUGCUAACAGUCACAUAUGCUGUCUUCAUCACGCACUGUUCUUCGUAUGCGUGUGCUGUCGAGGCCUGAGCACCACUGCAGCUCAGACCACAAGUGCUUGUGUGCGGCACUGUACGCGUACACAGUUCAGCCUCUGGGUGCUAGCUCGUAUUCUUCGUAUUCGCCAGCUAUGUUAGCUAUGUAGCUGACUGGCUUCUUGUUAGUACAGUCUCGGUGCACUCGUACUGUACAUGUACUGUGUGCUCUGCUACUUCAGCAACUAACUCAUGUUAGCUGCAUAUGUGUGUGGGUGGGUGUGCAUUCGGGCUCUUCGUUUUCAGAAUUUAUUUAUUUUACAACCAUUCUAAUACCAAGAACAAUCAGGAUGCACUGUCCGGAUUUCUCCCUUGCACUCAUCUAUUUGUCAGGGUGUGGGAAUGUUCCCAGCAUCUGCAGCCUAUCCCUACUCUUCUCUAUAAUUUGUUUAGGUUCCUGCUGCCGUCCAGAGCUGGCGUGUUAUGGGUUGUCUUUGCAGCUUCCUUCCGUCCUCAUAUGUUUCUUUGUCUAACCAAACAGAGGCGGACAUCCAGGCUUUAGGUUUUUUUUGCGAACUUGCCUAUUUUUUGCCACUUUUUGCAGCGUAAUGUCGGAACGAUAUUUCCUAUGAUGUGUAGUACUCAGUAGGUACAACUUGAAGGAUCUUCGGAGAUCUUGUUUUUCUACAGUUUUUGUACAUGUCCAUCUAUUUUCAGCUAGACUCAGAGAACCUACCCUGUGUUUUUUUUCUUGUUUUUUUUUGUUCAAUUUCCUUGUCAUAAUAUCAGCAUUCUGUUUUCUAUUCCUAUAAUUUUUUAAGUGUAAGCACUUGUAGAUCAAGUACAAUGUAGUUCGGUCUAAUUUUGAAAUACCAUUCACUGUCGAGUAAA